AUGUGGGCCGCUACGCCAACCGAACCUAUCCGGAUGUUUGGCAUGGCCGCGCUCGCUGCUGUGAUGUUUUACGCGGAGGACAUUGUUGACUGGCUCGAUUGCUGUAAACUUAAACUAAACCAGUUCCGAACAAUCUCGUUGCUCAACGUCGAGGGAAAAAUAUUCUUUGCCAUCCUUGCAAGAAGACUCACAUCUUUCCUGACAGGCAACGCAUACAUCAACACCUCGGUCCAGAAGGGAGGAGUUCCCGGUUUCUCCGGCUGCAUAGAGCACACCAGUGCUAUCACACAGCUAAUAAAUGAGGCGAUGAAAGGGAGGAAGGAUCUCACUGUAGUUUGGCUCGACUUGGCCAACGCAUACGGGUCCAUUCCACACCAGCUCAACUAUACAGCCCUCCGAUACUACCAUGUGGACGGCCACAUUCAGAAAAUCAUCACCAGUUACCUGGAUGGAAUCAAGCUCCGGUUUACUGUUGGUGACCAGCUAACCAGAUGGCAGAAGUUGGAGAAGGGAAUCGUUACCGGCUGCACAGUUUCCGUGGUGCUCUUCAUCAUGGGGAUGAACCUGCUGAUAAAUGCUGCCCAACGUGAGACACGUGGACCAAAGACAGAGUCAGGAAUCUAUCUCCCAUCUAGCAGAGGCUUCAUGGAUGACCUCACAUUGACGACAACAACACACGUCCAAGCUAGAUGGAUGUUGACAGCCCUGACGGAUGUCGCUUCAUGGGGAAGAAUGAAGUUCAAAGCAGCAAAAUCCAGAUCUCUUGUCAUAAAGAAAGGACAGACAACAGAGAGGUUCAAACUCUACGUACAGAACGAAGAGAUUCCUUCCAUAGUGACGAGUCCAAUAAAAUGCCUGGGCAAGUGGUUUGAUGCAAGCCUACAAGAUCGCGACAAUGUUAAGAACUUAAAGCAACAGGUAGAGGAGGGCCUCAAGAAGAUAGACCGCUGCGGACUACCCGGCAAGUUCAAAGCCUGGCUUUACCAGCAUGCACUGCUCCCAAGACUUAUCUGGCCGUUGAUGCUUUACGAAGUACCCAGCACAACAGUGGAAGCCCUGGAGAGAAUCACUAGUCGACACCUCAGGAAGUGGCUAGGAGUUCCACCCAGCUUUACCAGUAUUGGACUCUAUGGGAAGAGUAACAAGUUACAGCUCUCGCUAUCUUCACUGGUAGAAGAGUUCAAGACAGCAAAAGCAAGACUUGUGUUGACCUUGAGGGACUCUCCGGACGAGUUCAUCCGUGAGGCAGGGAUCCAAACCCGAACGAGCAGGAAAUGGUCAGCGACAGAGUCUGUGAGCCAGGCAGAGAACACGCUCAAGCACAAAGACAUUGUCGGAGUGACUGCAGUUGGACGUGAAGGAAUUGGUGCGAGAAAGGUGGUGCUGUGUAGCCGAUCAGACCAGAAAGAGAGGCGAGCGAUGAUUCAGUCUGAGGUCAGGAGGGCGGAAGAAAAUGCCAGACAAGCAAGGGCUGUGGAGAUGGGAGCGCAGGGAGCAUGGACCACGUGGAAUACCGCAGACAGGAAGUUGACCUGGGAAGACAUCUGGAAGUAUGAGCCUUUUCGGUUUUCCUUUCUCCUCAGGUCUCUCUAUGACCUACUACCAUCCCCAGCGAACUUGUGCCGAUGGGGACUCACAGCAGAGCCAAAAUGCAGCCUGUGUGACAGAGUAGGCACCCUAGAGCAUGUUCUGUCAUCUUGUAGUACAGCACUGACACAGGGAAGAUAUAGAUGGAGGCACGACUUGGUCCUCAGAGAGUUGGCUGACUGGCUAGAGAAGGAAAGGAAGAAGGAACAUGGUAAUCACCCCCGCCAUGGGCACAUCGCUUUUGUCAAAUCGGGUGAGACCGUUAAGACACAGAAACAAACAAAAGCAUCAAUUCUUGAUGGCUCUAGAGACUGGAAGAUGGACGUUGACCUUGAUAGAAGGCUUGUUUUCCCAAACGUGGUUCAAACGACCCUACGACCAGAUAUUGUACUGUGGUCAGAGACAGGAAAGAAGCUCGUCACCAUAGAGCUGACAGUACCAUGGGAGGCAAGAUGUGAAGAGGCCUACGAGCGGAAGAAGGCCAAGUACACAGAACUGAUGGAUCUGUGCAAGCAACAAGGCUGGCGAACUUGGCUAUUUCCCGUGGAAGUUGGCGUUAGAGGAUUCUGUUCCCAGUCCGUGCACAGGCUGAUGACAGCAUUAGGAACAACUGGCAGGGAGAGACGAGUGGCUAUCCAGAGACUGAGCCAAGCAGCCGAACAAGCAUCAAGCUGGCUGUGGCUGAGGCUUAGAGAAAGUUUUGCAAGCAACGCAUACAUCAACACCUCGGUCCAGAAGGGAGGAGUUCCCGGUUUCUCCGGCUGCAUAGAGCACACCAGUGCUAUCACACAGCUAAUAAAUGAGGCGAUGAAAGGGAGGAAGGAUCUCACUGUAGUUUGGCUCGACUUGGCCAACGCAUACGGGUCCAUUCCACACCAGCUCAUCUAUACAGCCCUCCGACACUACCAUGUGGACGGCCACAUUCAGAAAAUCAUCACCAGUUACCUGGAUGGAAUCAAGCUCCGGUUUACUGUUGGUGACCAGCUAACCAGAUGGCAGAAGUUGGAGAAGGGAAUCGUUACCGGCUGCACAGUUUCCGUGGUGCUCUUCAUCAUGGGGAUGAACCUGCUGAUAAAUGCUGCCCAACGUGAGACACGUGGACCAAAGACAGAGUCAGGAAUCUAUCUCCCAUCUAGCAGAGGCUUCAUGGAUGACCUCACAUUGACGACAGUAACACACGUCCAAGCUAGAUGGAUGUUGACAGCCCUGACGGAUGUCGCUUCAUGGGGAAGAAUGAAGUUCAAAGCAGCAAAAUCCAGAUCUCCUGUCAUAAAGAAAGGACAGACAACAGAGAGGUUCAAACUCUACGUACAGAACGAAGAGAUUCAUUCCAUAGUGACGAGUCCAAUAAAAUGCCUGGGCAAGUGGUUUGAUGCAAGCCUACAAGAUCGCGACAAUGUCAAGAACUUAAAGCAACAGGUAGAGGAGGGCCUCAAGCAGAUAGACCGCUGCGGACUACCCGGCAAGUUCAAAGCCUGA